GUUGCGCCGCCCGGCGGAAGUGAUGCUACUGUCACUGGCUCCCCGGGCUCCCGGGAAGCCGCGAGUUUCCGCAGGGAGGCGGCGGCAGCAGCUGCGGCCGGGCCGUUCUGCAGUCUGUGCUCAGAACCGCCACUCCACAAGACAAAUGCCUUGUCUCCAUUUGCACAAAAUGAGUGUGAGGUGGUUAGCCAGACCAGGAGCUCAACCUCGCACAGAGCCCAGCCUGCUGCUCUGAUGCCGAAGGGGAGGCGGAAAGUGCCACACUUGGAUGCCCCCCUGGGCCUACCCACCUGCCUCUGGCUGGAGUUGGCCGGGCUAUUCUUACUGGUUCCCUGGGUCAUGGGCCUGGCAGGGAUCGAUGGGCCCGGAGCCCAGGGUCCAGGGGGGCUAAGCUGGGCCGUGCACCUGGACAGCCUGGAAGGCGGCCGUCCGGAAGAGACUCUGGAGCAGCAGGCAGAUGCCUUGGCCCAGGCAGCGGGGCUGCUGAAUGCUGGGCGCAUCGGGGAGCUGCGGGGGUACUACCUCCUUGUCCAGCCGGCGGGGCAGCAGCAGGGACAGCUGGCGGAGGCUGUGCGACGGCAGGCGGAGGCCGUGUUAGCCAGGCACGAGGCUGUGCGCUGGCACUCAGAGCAGAGGCUGCUCAAGCGGGCCAAGCGCAGCGUCCACUUCAACGACCCCAAGUACCCGCAGCAGUGGCACCUGAAUAACAGGCGGAGCCCUGGCAGGGACAUCAAUGUGACAGGUGUAUGGGAACGCAAUGUCACGGGGCGAGGGGUGACGGUGGUGGUGGUGGAUGACGGAGUGGAACAUACCAUCCAGGACAUCGCACCCAACUACAGCCCUGAGGGCAGCUAUGACCUCAACUCCAACGACCCUGACCCAAUGCCACACCCAGACGCGGAGAAUGGCAACCACCAUGGCACGAGGUGUGCGGGAGAGAUUGCCGCCGUGCCCAACAACAGCUUCUGUGCCGUCGGAGUGGCCUACGGGAGCCGCAUAGCAGGUAUCCGGGUCCUGGACGGGCCCCUCACGGACAGCAUGGAGGCCGUGGCGUUCAACACACACUACCAGAUCAACGACAUCUACAGCUGCAGCUGGGGACCAGAUGAUGAUGGGAAGACAGUGGAUGGCCCCCACCAGCUUGGAAAGGCUGCCUUGCAACACGGGGUGAUUGCUGGCCGCAGGGGCUUUGGGAGCAUCUUUGUGGUGGCCAGCGGCAAUGGCGGUCAGCACAAUGACAACUGCAACUACGACGGCUACGCCAACUCCAUCUACACCGUCACCAUAGGCGCUGUGGACGAGGAGGGACGGAUGCCUUUCUAUGCCGAGGAGUGUGCCUCCAUGCUGGCGGUCACCUUCAGUGGUGGGGACAAGAUGCUCCGAAGCAUUGUGACCACGGACUGGGACCUUCAGAAGGGCACAGGCUGCACCGAGGGCCACACGGGGACUUCGGCCGCGGCCCCCCUCGCAGCGGGCAUGAUAGCGCUGAUGCUGCAGGUGCGGCCGUGCCUCACGUGGCGGGAUGUCCAACACAUCAUUGUCUUCACAGCCACGCAGUAUGAGGAUCGCCGUGCCGACUGGGUCACCAACGAGGCUGGCUUCAGCCACAGCCACCAGCACGGAUUCGGCCUGCUCAAUGCCUGGAGGCUCGUCAACGCAGCCAAGAUCUGGACCUCUGUCCCUUACUUAGCUUCCUAUGUCAGCCCUGUGUUAAAAGAGAACAAGGCUAUCCCGCUGUCCCCCCACUCACUGGAGGUCCUGUGGAAUGUCAGCAGGACGGACCUGGAGAUGUCGGGGCUGAAGACGCUAGAGCACGUGGCAGUGACAGUCUCCAUCACUCACCCACGCCGUGGCAGCUUGGAACUGAAACUGUUUUGCCCCAGUGGCAUGAUGUCCCUUAUCGGCGCGCCCCGCAGCAUGGACUCAGACCCAAAUGGCUUCAAUGAUUGGACCUUCUCCACUGUGCGGUGCUGGGGGGAAAGAGCGAAGGGGAUUUACAGACUUGUGAUCAGGGAUGUAGGAGACGAGACGCUCCAGGCUGGCGUCCUCCGGCAGUGGCAGCUGACCCUCUACGGCUCUGUGUGGAGUCCAGUGGACAUCAGGGACAGGCAAAGACUAUUAGAAAGUGCCAUGAGUGGAAAAUACCUGCAUGACGGCUUCACUCUGCCCUGCCCUCCUGGGCUGAAAAUCCCCGAGGAAAAUGGUUACACCAUCACCCCUAACACCCUCAAGACUCUGGUGCUGGUAGGCAGUUUUACCAUCUUCUGGACCGUGUACUACAUGCUGGAAAUCUAUCUGAGCCAGAGGAAUGUGGCCUCUCACCGAGUUGGCAGGAGUGGACCCUGCCACUGGCCCCAACGAAGCCAAAAAGCCAGGGAAGAGGGGACAGAGCUAGAAUCAGUGCCACUUUGCAACAGCAAGGAUCCAGAUGGAGUGGAGACAGAAAGUGAGGGCCCUCCCACCACCUCUGAUCUCCUUGCCCCAGACCUGCUGGAUCCAGGGGCCUGGGGCCUAUCCCAGGACAGGAGUACCCUGAACUGCCCUCAUCGUCACUUAGCCCCAGACCUGCUGCAGGGGAAGGAGGAACAGAUUUGCUGACCCAAGGCCCAACAGGCUCAACAUGGGACAGGCUCUUCCUUCCCAAAGCUGGGGAAGCUUGGAAGCCUGCUCUGAAGUCUCAGGAGCCCAGGAGAGAAGGCGGCCUGAUGCUCCCAUCAGGAAUCCACAGGCUGGAGAGCACCCUCUGACUACGUUCAGGGCGGCCGAGGGCCUUCUUAAGGUGCAGCGACAGAGGA